CUCGAACGCCACGGCAGCCCUUCUUCAUGCGUGUCCCCGGUCGACCGCCCAGCCACCAUCAUGUCGGGAGGCCUUAGUGUUAUGAGCUUGGAGGAAAAUGAUGUGACGCGUUUCCUGGCUGCGUCCACUCACCUCGGCGCCAACAAUGUCAACUUCCAAAUGGAGCAGUACGUCUACAAGAGGCGUCAGGAUGGUACUUACAUCAUCCACCUGCGCAAGACUUAUGAAAAGAUCCUGCUUGCUGCCCGGGCCAUCGCAGCCAUUGAGAACCCUGCUGAUGUGUACGUGAUCUCCUCGCGUCCCAUGGGCCAGCGUGCCGUGCUCAAGUUUGCCCGGUACACUGGUGCCACACCCAUUGCCGGCCGCUUCACCCCUGGAGCCUUCACUAACCAGAUCCAGGCUGCCUUCCGUGAGCCACGCCUGCUGGUAGUGACUGACCCUGCCUCGGAUCACCAGCCAAUCACAGAGGCUUCCUAUGUCAACAUCCCUGUCAUUGGCUUCUGCAACACUGACUCUCCUCUGCGCUAUGUGGAUGUUGCCAUUCCCUGCAACAACAAGAGCCCUCACUCUGUUGGACUGAUCUGGUGGAUGCUGGCCCGCGAAGUGCUCCGUCUGCGCGGCACUAUCUCCCGCAAGCUGCCCUGGGAGACUGAUGUGAUGCCUGACUUAUUCUUCUACCGUGAUCCUGAGGAGCAGGAGAAAGAAGAGGCUGCCAAGGCUGAGGCUGCCAAGGCUGAGGCAGAAUCAGCAAAGGUUGACUCCCAGGCUCCUGAGACCUGGGUGGGUGAUGUGCCUGAGGCUGAGGCUGCUGCUGCUGCCACACCAGCUGCACCUGCUGUUGCUGUGGCAGGUGGUGUUCCACCUGCUGCUGGAGCUGCUCCUGUUGCAGCUGCUGCUGCUGGUGCUGCUGCUGCUGCUGCUGUGGCUGCCCCUGGGGCUCCUGCUGCUCCUGUUGAUGACUGGGGCCAGACUGGAGAUGACUGGGCUUCACCCACCACUGGAACCACUGAGGACUGGGGUGGCGCAGGAGACAACGCCAACUGGUAAACUCCAAUAAAUGUAAUACACCAAUGUG